AUGAAAUUCUCUAACUUAGUCGCUACUGCCUCAAUCGUCGGCGCUGCCGUCGCUGCACCAUCUGGUCACGAACAUAAAGAAAAGCGUGACGUCCUCACCACCACGAUCAAGGCUCAAACCACCGUUUUGGUCGACGCCGUCAACCAAGCUAACGUGCUAGCUGUCCCAGCUGACGUCCAAACCGAGGCCGCUGCUGCUCCAGCUGCCACCCCAGCAACUCAAGCUCAAGCUGCUGAGACCACCCAGGCUGCCUCCACCCAGAAGGCCUCCUCUGGCUCCUCUGGCUCCUCUGCCCCAGCUGUCGACGUCUCCGCUUCCGCUUCCGGUGUCAAGGGUGUCACUUACUCCCCAUACAACGCCGAUGGUACUUGUAAAUCUGCCGACCAGGUCGCUUCCGACCUGAGCAGCAUGACCGAGUUCCCAACCAUCAGAUUGUACGGUGUCGACUGUGACCAAGUUGCCUCCGUCAUGAAGGCCAAGCAAGCAAACCAGAAAGUCUUCCUAGGUGUCUACUUCAUGGACCAGAUCGAACAAAGUAUUUCCACCAUGAAGUCUGCCGUCGAACAAUACGGUUCCUGGAACGACGUUGUCACUGUUUCCAUCGGUAACGAAUUGGUCAACGGUGGUCAAGCCACUCCAUCCCAGAUCGGUCAGUACGUCUCCACCGGUAGAUCUGCUUUGCAAGCUGCCGGUUACUCUGGCCCAGUUGUCUCCGUCGACACUUUCAUCGCCGUUAUCAACAACCCAGAAUUGUGCCAGUACUCCGACUACAUGGCUGUCAACGCCCACGCUUAUUUCGACCAAAACACCGAGGCCUCUGACUCCGGUAAGUGGUUGUUGCAACAGAUCCAAAGAGUCUGGACCGCCUGUGGUGGUAACAAGGAUGUUGUCAUUGCCGAAUCCGGGUGGCCAUCAAAGGGUCAAACCUACGGUAUUGCCGUCCCAUCCAAGGAAAACCAACAGAGUGCUGUCUCCUCCAUCAAGUCCGCCUGUGGUGCUAGUACCUUUUUGUACAACGCCUACAACGACUACUGGAAGGCCGACGGUAACCUAGGUGUUGAAAAGUACUGGGGUAUUUUGUCCAACGAAUAA